AUGGCUCCCAAGAUUGCCAUCGUCUACUACUCCAUGUACGGCCACAUCCGCCAAUUGGCCGAGGCCGAGAAGAAGGGCAUCGAGAAGGCCGGCGGCACCGCCGACCUCUUCCAGGUCGCCGAGACUCUCCCCGAGGAAGUCCUCGCCAAGAUGGGCGCGCCCCCCAAGCCCACCGACGUCCCCGUCCUCGACGACCCGGCCGUCCUCGAAGGCUACGACGCUUUCCUCCUCGGCAUCCCCACCCGCUACGGCAACUUCCCCACCCAGUGGAAGGCCUUCUGGGACAAGUCCGGAAAGCAGUGGUCCACCGGCGGCUACUGGGGCAAGCUCGCUGGCCUCUUCAUCUCCACCGCCUCCCUCGGCGGCGGACAAGAGUCCACCGCCAUCGCCGCCAUGUCCACCUUUGCCCACCACGGCAUCAUCUACGUGCCCUUUGGCUUCGCAAAGGCAUUCCCCCUCAUGGCUGACCUCUCCGAGGUCCACGGCGGUGGACCCUGGGGCGCUGGUACCUUCGCCGGUGCCGACGGCUCCCGCCAGCCCUCCGCCCGCGAGCUUGAGAUCGCCACUAUCCAGGGCGAGGCCUUUUACCAGACUGUCGCCAAGCACACUCCCGCGGUUCCGGCAAAGCAGGCGGCGGCGGCGUCGGCAGCGCAGACCCGAAAGGCUCCUCAGGAAUUGGACGACCAGGAUGUCAAGGCCGGCCCAUGCGGUCUGCCGAACAACAACAUACCCUCGGAAAACGAGACGCCUUUCGACAAGAUUCGCCAGACCCCUGAAAAGCAUACUUGA